AUGGUAAUAGUUGGUUGGUUAGAAAACAAGCACAUGAAAGGCGUGGUCGUAGGAAAGACCACUGCAAUCUUCCCGAAAGCAGACGGGAGCUUCUCGAGGGAAGUUGGUGAUAGCGUUGGUGGCAGGGGUGUGGUUGUGAUGAUGUUGACCUCAAAAUGCAAUCACCCGCUAGGAAUGAUGUAUCCCCCAUACAAAACACUUCUUGAUCAUGGCCGCACCAUGUUCAUGGAGAUUGAGAAGAAUGCCGAGGAAUUUGGUCUCUUGGGAUACUCGAACUUCUAUGGAACAGACGUUACUACGAAAUGUAUCAGCAUGUCUGUUCUCUAUUUCGCAGAUUUGAGCGGCCUGCACCGUUAUGCGCAUACGAGCAAGGCGCAUCGAGCUGGAUGGGAAUGGUGGGCACAGAGUGGAAGUGACGUGGAUAUGGUCAGUAUUGGACACGAAGUAUACGAUGUACCUGAGGGGAAGUGGGAAACAAUCUAUGGCAACUCAAAGCCAUUUGGAUUUGCUGCCACAACUCAUGCAAUCAAAGCAAAUGGGGUCGAACGAAAAUACGUUUGUCCUAUCGUAGACAACAACAGAAUGAAUGCUUCUCAGAGAAUGAGUACGAUAAAAUGA